GAAAAGACUUAAUCAGUAAUGGAACACAAGAAGACCAUUAAAAUAAACCAAAACCAUAGACUAUUCUACACCAAUGUAUUCCCAGCAUCCAAAAAAUGGUGGCACCAGUUAACAAGAAAUACAAACCAAAGAAAGACAACUCUCUUCAAUAUCUCAGAAUCAUCUAGAAAUGUCUGGCAAAUUCUCUUCUUUGUGAUGACAAUUAAACUCAGUUCAGCUAGUCCAUUUCCAAUUUCUGAUUCUUCAGUGCCAAAUGUGGAUUUUGCUUACAUUUCACCAAAUUCUUUAACUUUACCAAACCAGACGUUAUGGCUUGGUUUCUUGCCAGCCAUGCUUCUUGGAGGCGGUGGCAAGAGGUCAGCUGGUGCACUGACCACAGCCAUUGAAGAUGUAAACCAAAGUAAAGAAUUCACCAGGAAUGGUAUAAAGCUUGGUUUCUGUUACUAUGAUGCUAAAGGAAAUUCUUUGGCUGCCUUGAAAGCCAUGACAGCAUUAUACAUGAAGGGUGUGUCUGCUUUCAUUGGACCAGAAGGUACUUGUAACUAUGAAGCUGCCCUAGCAACAGCCUGGAAUAUUCCAUUGAUUUCCUAUAAAUGUUCCGAAGAGGUUCAAAUGAAACAAAACCAUUUGCUCACAUUUGCCAGAACUCAGCCAUCAACAUCCAAAGUAAGUGAAUCGAUUAUUGCACUUCUGCAACAUUAUCAAUGGUUUCAGUUUGUUAUUGUGGUUGGUAGUCGUCCAAUCUGGCAGGAGACGGCUGAUGCUCUCACUAAACUGGCGGCCAAAAACAACUUCACGGUUCGGGAUGUUGCACACUUUGACGAACCCUACAUAAGUGGUGGUGGUGUACGUAAGAUCGUCAUGGACACCUAUGAAAAUACUCACAUUUAUAUAUUUUUAGGGGACCAUCAUGCUCUUACUGAAUUUGUACGGACACUGAAGUCUAUGGGGCUGACAGACAGUGGGGACUAUGUCACCAUAGGGGUCAAUGAUCAACCUGAUGACCCUGCAAAAAGAAUAAAGUAUUUCAUUUUUGAACCCUUUGAGAAGAAAGAAUCUCUAACAAUGAAUGAGAUAAAAGCAUUUCAGUCAGUGUUAAUAAUGGCACCAAGAGGUCCCAGUAACCCCAAUUGGGAUUCAUUCCUAGAAAGAACUCGCCAAAAUCUUGGCAGAGAACCUUUCUACGUUCCCUCAUUGCCUUUCAAAAAAAAUCCCGUGAGUAAAGAUUCUUUACUGUAA